AUGGCAACCAACGGUAACUACACCUAUCCGGACCAGUUCAAGGACGCUGUCGAACAAACAUCUCCAGGCCCCACCGCUACGAACGAUGCCGCCGCAUCGGCCGGUAACAACAACAACCUUAGCAAGGAUGAGGUUGGCUGGUACUUCGUAGAGCAGUACUACACCACUCUGAGCAAGAACCCGGAUAAGCUUCACCUGUUCUAUGGAAAGCGCUCCCAAUUCGUUUACGGAAUGGAGGCUGAGGUCGCGAAUGUUUCCGUCGGCAGACAAGCUAUCCAGGAGAGAAUCAAGUCCCUCGACUUCCAGAACAGCAAGGUCCGAAUCACGAACGUCGACUCCCAAGCCUCCUUCGACAACAUCGUCAUCCAGGUCAUCGGUGAGAGCUCCAUCAAGUCCGCGGAGCCCAAGAAGUUUGUUCAGACCUUUGUCCUUGCCCCUCAACCGUCCGGCUACUUCGUCGUCAACGACAUCCUGAGGUACAUCAACGACGAGGACGAGGAGGAGGCCGUCGCUGAGGCCGAGGCCCAGCCCGAGGAGCAGGCUGCGGCUGAGGAGGUUGUCGAGGCUGCUAAGCCUGAGGAGCCCGUCGUCGAGCAGACCCCUGAGGAGGCUCCCGCUCCCGCCAUUGACCCCAGCGUCGUCGACAAGAGACUGGAGGAGGUCGCGGUUCCCCAGGAUGCCGCUUCCUCCAACGGCGAUGUCGAGGCCCCUGCCCCCGAGCCUGUCAAGGCCCCCGAGACCAAGGUCGAGGAGCCCACCGUCGAUCCUGAGGUUACCGCGAAGGAGAUUGCUGAGGAGGAUAUCAAGAUGCCCGAGAAGCCCGCCGACCCCUCACCUACCCCUGUCGCGGCGCCCAGCAAGCCGCCCGCUGCCGAGGCCGAGAAGCCUGCUCCCGCUCCCGCUCCCGUCCCCAUGAAGCCCAUGUCUUGGGCCAGCCGUGCCGCUGCUGCCGUCGGACCCAAGGCCGCCGUUCCUCUCCCCAAGACUGCCACUCCUCCUGCUCCUGCUCAGGCCAAGGCUCCCGCCCCUGCUGCUGCUGCUGCCGCCGCCCCCGCCACGAAGGAGCCCGCCGCUGCCCCCGCCGCUAAGGAGCCCGAGGCGCCCGCCGCGAAGGAGUCCUCUCCCUCUGCCGAGUGGCAGUCUGUCGGCGCCGACUCCAAGCGCCAGAACCGCCCUCAGUCCAUCUCCCAGGCCCCCGCCGACAACGGUACGUUGGGUUACGUCAAGUACGUCACCGACAAGGUCAAGGCGGAGGACCUGCGUGCGGCCUUGAACAACCACGGUGAGCUGACUUACUUCGACAUCAACCGUCAGAAGAACUGCGCCUUCGUGGAGUUCGCCACCCCUGCCGGCUACCAGGCUGCCGCUGCUGCCAACCCCCACAUCGUCAACGGCGAGAACAUCGUUGUCGAGCCCCGCCGCCCCAAGGCUACCGCCUACGGUGGCGCCAACUACUCUGCAGGUGGUCGCGGCAACGCCACCGGCGGCCGUGGCCGUGGUGGCUUCGAGGGCAACCGCUCCGGCAGCCAGGGCAACGCCCGUGGAAACUUCACCGGAGGCCAGGCUCGUGGCCGCGGCAGCGUCCGUGGCCGUGGAGCUUCCCAGGCCACUGCUUAA